GAUCAACUUUCAAACCCAAUAGAGGAAAUAAAAUAGAUAGUGGUAGUUUAAACUUAGGGUAGACGCUUUAUUUUGCUAGAAUUUGUUUUGUUUAUUAAUUUAUUAAAAAUGCCUUUACCAGCGAACGGGAAAAGUAUUUUAAUGACACCGGACCCUUAUCAUACACCGGGUUAUGGCGGAUUCUGCCCACAGUUUAAAUACCAGAUCGGUGAGACUUUUGGAAAGACCACAUCCACGCUCCUGCGUAACAAUGAAGUAGCAAGUUCCGGUCAACUGGUUCUGGCGGAAAUCCGGGCCAAUUCUGCCCCAAUGCCGGAUGAGGACCCCAGGAACACCCUCUUGCGCUCCCGGACACAUAGCUGGGGCGACCAGAAACUUAUGGAACAGAUGAUUCCCGGAUAUACAGGCUUCAUUCCCCGUGCUGAGCACUUUUUCGGUAAGCGUUAUGCUGUCAAUUGCAAGGGUGCAAUUUCCGACUUCGAGCGCGAUCACCGAACCCAGCUCCGGAACGCCGAGGAGCUCCGAUUGACAGAAGCUGUUCAGUCGGGAAAGAUCGACAAGAACGCCGUACCAAGCCUCCCACCAAUUCACAGCCGCCACAUCACUCCUCUGAAGCCGAUUGCGGCCAGUGCCAAACCCUACAUCUCGGCGAACCCCUCCAAGUCUGCAGAGUCGCCCUACUAUAUGGCCAACGAGAACGAGAUGAAGAGAUUCAUGUCAGGCUACACUGGUUUCGUACCGAGGGCGCGCCCAAGGCUCGGAAUGGGCUACCCCAUAAUAACCCAUGAGGCCCUUAACGAGUUCACCUCGGAUACUUCCCGUCUAAAGGCCCUCAAAUCACAACCAAUCAAAAUUCACCGGGACCAGGCCAUUGUAAGGGAUAGCAAAUUGAUCUACCCGACUGAAAGUGGACUCGUCCCGCACUACACCGGACAUAUACCAGGCCAGAAGUUCCGAUAUGGUGAGACGUUUGGACACAGUACCGAGAACGCGAAACUCUCCGAAGUCCGCGCAUCCGUCUAGUUAACAUAGCAACCCUAGUUUCCAUAACAAUCAUAAACACUGGUCAAGUUUUCAUUUCAUAAAGUGGACUUGUAUUUCGUUUUAGUUUGUCAGAUACAAGUGCAUUUUUACUUGAGAAUGAUAUUUUGAAAAGACAACAUUUCUGUAUAAAUACUAUAAGUCUGUCUGUUGUCAAUGAAUUGUUUAAGUGUUGAUGGUGAAUAUAUGCAUUUCAUACGGUUAAAUAAUUAUCGUGUCCGAGACUGUGAUUGAUGAAAACAAAGUUUUAUUCCUCAAUUUUGUAUCUUAUAAUCCAGCGAGAGCACUUAAUAUGUAAUGUAAGAAUAGUUAUAUAUACAAACUUUCCAUUGUCUUUCUGAGAACACUUUCACUUUUAUUUACUUCUUGAGUAUUUUAUCCGAAGCAACUAUGUGAUUUUGUACAGUAUUAAGUUUGUUUUACUAACUGUUCUACUGCAUUAAACAUUAAUCUGUG